AAAGCAAUGAAUUUUCGAUAUAAAAGUGUUUAAUGUAGUAAUAUGGGUUGUUUUUCAAAAUUUUGUGAAAAUGUGCUCAUUUCGACUUAUGAAAUCGAUUUCAGCCAUUUACUCAGUUUGCAACACUAAUUCUUAUUGUUAUUGGGAAUCUUUGUCAGCUGGAAGCGGAGUCUUUUCUAUCAUAGAAUAAUUUUAGUUGAAUACGGUUUUGUGAAAUUUCGCAACCAGAGAAAUUUAUAAAAUUAAGUUCAGCAGUAUUAAUGAACACACAGUCUAGAAAUGGCGCCAAGAAGGAAGAAGAGUGGAAAUGGUUCCAACAAAUCUGAAUCGGAUUCUGAAGUUACAUUAAAAAAUAAAAUCGACAAUAAUGGUUCGGAGAGAACUGAUAUGAAUUUAAAAAUUAAUACAGUGCGUAAGACAUUAAACGAAAGAAGGAAAAUGUUGGAGAUCCAAGAAGAACAAACAAGACAUUCUUUAGGAUUGUCAGCAGAAAAUGACGCUUGCGCUCGUAAUUUAAUAAAAUCAUUUAUGAAAGAUGUCAGUAAAAAAGUAGAGCGUAAACAAGAAAAGAGAAAAGCCGCAGUCGCAACCGAAGAUUUCAGUAGAAAAGCACAGCAAAAUUCCGUUACGUCAACCAAAUCAGUUAGGGAAACAUUUGCAGUACCGCGCACUCGAAAAGAUAUUUCCCAACAUAAUGAAGGACUAAUCAAGUUAAUAACAGAAAUAGUUAAACAAAAUCCAAAUCUUAAAGAGAGUGUAAUUAAGUGUGCGAGUGAAAUACCCAACUUGCGCGGUCGUCAAAUAUUUGUUUAUGAUCUAGAUGGACCAACAUGUAGUCGUUAUCGUGAGAUGUCAAAAAAUGAUCAAUUUAAUGAAAGAAAUGCCAAUUCGACUAAAACUAAUGGGCUUGUUGAAAUCAAGGAACCAACUAAAAAAAAAACUGCUAAAUAUGAGAUGGAGAAGUAUAUAAAUUCGUCUGUUAAGGAUUAUGUCGAAAAAGGCACAGAACUUGCUGAAUCUCUAAUAUUUAAUUAUUCAAUGAAUCUGGAGGAAUAUGCCAAUCGUCUUGUGGAAAAUGAUUUAGGUCGUAUCGUAGAAGCAGAGAUACGUAUUAAUCGCAAGAAUAAUAGCCAAUCUUUUAUUCCGCUAUCAACUGAGAGAAACAGCGGAAUACGCGACGCUGCUAUAUACUUGCCUGUAGCACGCAUGUAUGCUUUUGAAGGCGAUACUGUACGUGCAUUUGUAUUUAAUCCUGUGUCUACAACAAUUGUUGACCUUUCUGGAUCCGGUGAUGACGAUGACCAAAUUGAAUCAGAUGGGUUAAAUAAUAGUAUUGUCAUGCACUGCCCCAAAGCGUUUGCAAUUGCCAUUGUUAAAGAGGGCAGUCAGCGUCAAUUCAUUGGUGCGGUUUGCUUCAGGAACUUCGUAAAGCUACACGAUGGAGAAAAUUAUUAUAAAUUAAGACCAAAUGACAUACGCACACCAAUGGUAUUUAUACCACAGUCGAGUUGUCAAGAAUAUUUAAAAGAAAUUGAAAAACUAGAAAUGGAUAUGUUAUUCCUUGCCAAAUUUGUUAAGACAGAUAUUAAUGGACAUUGUAUAGGUGAAAUAAUACAACCCAUCGGUAAAGCUGGUGAACUUGAGACUGAAACGAAAGCUAUUUUAAUUUCAAAUGGUUUACAUGAAAUAAAACCCUACGAAGAACGGUUUAAUGCAAUAUUCGAUAACAAACCCUUGCAAAUCGUGCCUGAAGACUUAGUUCAUAGAGAAGACUUACGAAAAUGUUGUAUUUUCACAAUAGAUCCACUAACAGCACGCGAUUUAGAUGACGCAAUGUCAAUUGAAGUGAUAAGUGAAAAUGAGUUCGAAGUUGGUGUUCACAUAUCAGAUGUUUCUCAUUACCUCUUAGAAGAUACAGAACUGGACGAUAUAGUUAAAAAUCGUGCCACAUCAAUAUAUUUAGUGAAUGAUGUUAUACAUAUGCUACCAAAAUCACUAUGUUUCAAGUGCUCACUGUUACCGGGUGAAGAUAAGUAUGCUUUUUCAGUAUUUUGGCGAAUGAAUGGAAAUGGAGAAGUAUUAACUCAACCUCGUUUUACACGUUCAGUGUUAAACUCUUGCACACAAUUUGCUUACGAGCAUGCACAAACAAUCAUUGAUAAUCCAGAAAAAAACUUUGAUAUUGACGAUUUACCCACAAUACUUAAUGGAUUUACAAUUUCUGACAUAGUUUCAAAAAUACUAUUAUUGCAUUCAAUUGCUGUAAAGCUGCGCGAAAAACGCUAUGAAAAUGGUGCUUUGUCAAUAAAUAAUCCGAAAAUGCGUUUCUCUUUAGAUCCACUUACAGCUGAACCGCUUAGUUUUCAAAUAGAGGACCGAAUUGAAGCAAACUUUUUAAUUGAGGAAUUCAUGUUACUUGCAAACCAAACCGUUGCGAAAUUCAUAUAUGAAAAGUAUCCAAAUAUUUCCAUUUUGCGUUACCAUGAACCACCACUGACCAACGGAAUGAAAAAAGUCUAUGAAAAAUUACUUACGUUUGGUGUGACACUAAAAUAUGAAACCUCCAAAGCCUUGCAAGAAAGUAUGCGAGAGAUUUGUGAACAUGCAGAGAACCCAGAUGCAAUGGAGGCUUACAUUAACAAUUUACUAACGAAACCUAUGGCUCGAGCAAAGUAUUUCUGUAGUGGUAUCGUAACAAAACCAAGUGAUAUGCAGCAUUAUGCAUUAUCUAUACCCAUUUACACACAUUUCACUAGCCCAAUACGACGUUACCCAGAUGUUAUGGUACACAGACUGCUCGCAGCAGCUUUAAACUAUAUGGAGCCGCCAAAACGCGAUGUUGAUGAACUAAAGGAAUUGGCUAAAGUAUGUAAUGAUCAAAAAUUCAAUGCUAAAACUGCUGGAGAUGAGUCAAUACUCGUAUAUUUUAAACGUCUUAUAAAGAAUCAGGGAUCCAUUGAAAUGCGUUGCGUAAUAACGGAAAUAUUCAAAAAUAAGAUGACUGUUCUCAGUAUUGAAAAUGGCAUAGACAUUGCAGUUCAAUACAAAAAUCAAGAAGUUGUGAUUGAUAACAAAAAUGCACCAUCAUUUAUAUUAGUUAAAGAAAAAGAUCCAAGCGUUCCAGAAUUAAAAUUACAAAUACUUUCAUUGGUUACUGUUAAAGUCAUUUCUUCUUAUGAAAAGUUACAAGGUUUAUUGGUUACGUCUGGCAAGGAACCGAUCACCAAAAAACGUGUAAGACAUAGGAACAGAAAAAAAAAUUUUGUACAACAACAAAGUCGAGUAAAUAAUCAGGAACGAAAAAACAGCAUAAAUAUAAAUGAAAAUAUGGGUUUUGUUGCACAAUACAAUUAUGCAUAUCCACAAUUUUUCCAACCAAGACAAAAUAAUGCAUUCAAUUUUCCAAAUCCAAGUUUUGAAAUAAAUCAACUGAAUGGUUUUGCACGAGAACCAAGACAAUUCUUUCCAAGUUUUCAACAGCAGCAGAACUUUCCACAACAGUUUCCUUCAGGACCCUCACGUCCAUUCAAUUUUCCAACAGACAACUCUUUGAGUGCCAUGCAAAUAUUAUCCACAACACCAGCGCCUAUAACUACAACUACAAUUCAAUCGGUCACAACUUCAUCUCCACAAUAUUUUUCCUGUUUACAGAAUUGCCAAACCACUAUGGAAUAUAAUCCCGUUUGUGGUAGUGAUAAUCAAAACUACCAUAAUAUGGCAAGACUCUUAUGUGCUUCUCGUUGUGGAUUAAAUGUAUCAGCUGUACGCAUGGGUACUUGUGCUCCUUUAGGACGAUUUUUAAGCCUUUCUGCUAUAUACGCACGUCCACAACAAAUUAAUUGGGGAGAUCUAUUUGCACCUACACCGGCAAGACCAAAUCAACCACAAUUUAAUUUUGAUAAUGGCGUUAAUGGAGAUAAUGGCGUGACUACCACAACCGCGGCACCUGCUGCAAGUACACCUUCUCCACAAUAUCUGGCCUGUUUACAGAGAUGUCCUUCAACAAUGGAAUAUAAUCCUGUGUGCGGUAGUGAUGGGCUAAAUUAUCAUAAUACUGGUCGACUGCAAUGUUCCAUUAAUUGUGGCUUAAAUGUUGCUGCUGUUCGUAUGGGCACCUGCAGGCCACUUUAAAUAUUAGGAGGAUAUAAGUGUUUUUUAAAUGAUUAAUUUAAGUUAAUUUUACUGAAAUGAAUAUUAGAUUAAACUAAU